CUGUUUAGCGAGAAAAAGGAGUUCUCCUUCUAGCAUUACUCCGAAACUGGAGCAUUUUAUACCGCUAGGAGUACCGCUUCUAUGUCAAUUGUGGAUAAAAAGGGUGAUUGAUUGGGGGGGAGAAAUACCAACCGUACCUACAUAGCACUCUUAUUGACCGAGGAAAUGGAGGGGAAUUCAUUAGGUGGGGGAAAACGGGAAACGGGAAACGGGAAACGGUUAGAUCGUGGGUGGUAUCCUUGGCUUCAAAUAUCAACUUACAACUCUCUUCCAUUGAACCCCUCGUCGACCAGUAGGUAAUCCCUUAUAUCUUUUUUGGUGUAUCUACGAAGGUCUUAUUACCUACCUAUACCUCAAAAUGUCUACAUUCGAUCAAUACGAGGGUUUCCAAGUCAAGUCGGCCGACACUUGGACCGAAUUCCAUCUUAACAAGUUCGAUACCAAGCCUUUCGGCGAUAACGAUGUAGAAGUCAAGAUCGAAUGCUGCGGAGUGUGCGCUAGCGAUAUUCACACUAUCACUGGCGGUUGGGGCGGCGCACGUUUCCCGCUAGCCGUCGGCCACGAGAUCGUCGGCAAGGCCCUGAGAGUCGGCCCCAAGGUCACUCUCGUCAAGCCCGGCCAGCGCGUCGGCGUCGGCGCCCAAUCGUGGUCCUGCUUGAACUGUCGCCAAUGCAAGAGCGAUAACGAGACGUACUGCCCUAAACAGAUAGACACUUACGGCGCCGUCUGGCCGGAUAGCGGUGUCGUGACCCAGGGUGGCUUUUCGUCCCACGUCAGGACGCACGAAUUCUGGGUAUACCCAAUCCCAGACUCGAUACCAAGCCACCUCGCCGCGCCGAUGCUAUGCGCCGGUAUCACCAGCUACAGCCCGCUGGUGCGAAACGGAGCCGGGCCGGGCAAGAAGGUCGGCAUCGUGGGCCUGGGCGGCCUAGGGCAUUUUGCGGUUCUCUUCAGCAAAGCGCUCGGCGCGGAGACGUGGGUGAUCUCGCGGACGCACAGCAAGGAGGCAGACGCGAAAGCGAUGGGCGCGGACGGGUUCCUCGCCACGGAAGACGAGAACUGGAACAAGGACCACCUGUACUCGUUCGACCUGAUCAUCAGCACGGCGAACAGCACGGGCGAGGGCUUCGACCUGAGCGGUUACCUCGCGCUUCUCGACGUCCACAAGAAGUGGGUAUCGGUCGGGCUGCCGGAGGGAGAAGGCAUGAGCGUGAAAGCCAUGGACCUCGUGCGCAACGGGUGCCUGAUCGGCGCCUCGCACCUGGGCAGCCGGCGCGAGAUGCUGGAGAUGUUCCAGCUGGCCGCGGACAAGGGGAUCAAGUCCUGGGUCGAGACGGUGCCCCUCAGCGCGGAGAACCUGUCCAAGACGGCGCAGAGGCUCCGGAAGUCCGACGUCCGGUAUCGGUUCACCAUGACCGACUACGACAAGGUCUUUGGAGCGUAAAGGUGGUAGGUAGGUACCUAGUCAGGGG